AGUUCCGCCGUGGUCCCAGAUGACUUCACUGUAACGGUUCGUGCUGCGGACUCCGGUUUAAGCUGACUCCAGGAGGACAGGCGAGCCGCGGUGGACCAGCUGUGACCGGUCCGGUUCUGAGAAGGAGGCCCAGUUCGCCCUCUGUGGGGAACUAACCGAGAAAUCCUGGAAGCGCCUGGAGAACCGCGGAUAUCCACGCGGAAAGGAUGCUUCAUGCCCGGCGGCAGGUGUGAAGAGAUGGCCGGGGAGCAUCCGGCGACAACCGGCCGAGUGCUGCUGGUCAAGAAGAUGGUGAUGAGGGACGGAGAAGCGCCCCAGCAGGGCAUCGGCCGGCCCAGCGUGUACCACGCAGUGGUGGUCAUCUUCCUGGAGUUCUUCGCCUGGGGUCUGCUGACCACGCCCAUGCUCACGGUUUUACAUGAAACCUUCCCUCAGCACACGUUCCUGAUGAACGGGCUCAUUCAGGGAGUGAAGGGUCUGCUGUCGUUCAUGUCUGCUCCCCUGAUCGGAGCGUUAUCGGACGUUUGGGGCCGGCGCUCCUUCCUUUUGAUCACAGUGUUCUUCACCUGCGCCCCCAUCCCUCUGAUGAGGCUUAGUCCCUGGUGGUACUUUGCAAUGAUCUCCAUGUCUGGAGCAUUUUCUGUCACCUUCUCUGUCAUCUUUGCAUACGUUGCUGAUGUGACAGAUGAACGAGAGAGGAGUACAGCCUAUGGUCUGGUGUCAGCCACUUUUGCUGCCAGCCUGGUGACCAGUCCAGCCAUCGGUGCGUACCUGUCGGCCUGGUACGGGGACAACCUGGUGGUCCUGCUGGCCACGCUGAUCGCUCUGGCCGACAUCUGCUUCAUCCUUCUGGCUGUCCCCGAGUCUCUGCCUGACAAGAUGAGGCUCAACACCUGGGGCGCACCCAUUUCCUGGGAGUACGCCGACCCGUUCGCUUCUCUGAGGAAGGUGGGUCAGGAUUCCACCGUUCUGCUCAUCUGUAUCACAGUGUUCCUGUCUUACCUCCCAGAGGCCGGACAGUACUCCAGCUUCUUCCUCUACCUGAGACAGGUCAUAAACUUCUCCUCCACCACCCUUGCUGUUUUCAUUGGAGUUGUUGGCAUUUUGUCCAUUAUAGCACAGACUCUCUUUCUUACUUUACUGAUGAGAACGUUGGGUACCAAGAACACCGUUCUGUUGGGUUUGGGCUUCCAGAUACUCCAGCUGGCCUGGUACGGCUUUGGAUCAGAACCAUGGAUGAUGUGGGCGGCCGGAGCCGUCGCAGCCAUGUCCUCCAUCACCUUCCCAGCAGUCUCUGCUCUGGUGUCACAGUCUGCUGAUGCGGAUAAACAAGGUGUCGUCCAGGGCAUGAUCACGGGGAUCAGAGGUCUGUGUAACGGUCUGGGGCCUGCUCUGUACGGCUUCAUCUUCUUCCUCUUCAACGUCAACAUCAACACCAUGGACCCCAUCCAGGGAGAAUACAACAUUGACCCCCUGCCCCUGCACAGUCCCACUGAGCGAGCGCUGAUCCCCGGGCCGCCCUUCCUGCUCGGGUCGUGCACCGUGGUGGUGGCCUUCCUCGUCGCUCUCUUUAUCCCUGAAAAGACCCCCUCCUCCCUGUCUUCAUCCGAGCUCUCUCUCAGUGACAAGCCACACCCAGAGAGCAAGGAGUCCAUGUCUUCGCUGGCCGGCGUGCACAUCAACACGCCCCUCCCAGGCAGCGACGAAGAGAGCCCCCCUGCAGCCAGCGACGAGGACGUUGAGCCUCUGCUGCAUGACAGCAUCGUUUGAGAGGCCGGGCCACAGCGCCAGGCCGAUGUUAGGGUUUAAUUUGAUUACAAACGCAAAGAGCCAGUAAGUUUGUUGGUGUUCUUUUGUCUCUGUGCCUCUGGGCAGGACUAAGUGUACUUUUCUAGUCUGAAGAUUGUGAUUGACACCAAAAGGCUCCUCUGGAUCUGACUCUAGCUGAAGGUGGGACGAACUAAGAUGUUUUGGACUGAGGAGUCAGAGACUUUCAUUCAAGCAAAGGGACUGUGUGUGUGCUUUUUAUCUGUGGGGGUCUGACUUCACUGAAACAGAGACAUGUUGAGAGCACUUCUAUUCAUCUUGUUUGUGAGAGCCAGGUAAAGCUGUUUUACCUUUGGCCUGGAUCAUUUGGAAACACUCCUGGUUAUUGUACAAAGAAACAUGUAUGGUGGCCAAAACAUCAGUGUUGAUUUCUACUCUGUGUUGUUUUUGUGGAACUAUUUUUUGUAAGAAGUUUUUUUUUUCUAUCAAAGUGUACAAUAUCUUUCUUUCUAUGAGCUAACAGAGCUUGAACACGUCAGGCAAACCGAAUUCUCAAGCCGAUUUAAAAAACAUCCUAGAAAAGACGAACAGAAACGGCUCACAUAUUUGCAUAUUCAGAAAUAAAACUCUUUUUGUAGAAGAUUAGCAAACCGAAGAACAAAUGGAUCCCGAGUGAUCCCUUUCUACUUUGAUACAAGGGAACCCCUACAGAAAACCUGCUGGAAACUUUCCAUCAGUGUCCUUGUUUUUCAGUCAAGCGUUUUUAAACCACUUUUUUCUGAUCUUGCAUCACUUUUUAUUCUAGUAUCAACCGUCCUUUAUGGAAGUGCUGCUGACAGUAAAAACACUGAUGAGGAAAAGCAGGCAGAGAGUGGAGGGUGUGAUUCAGGUCUCACCUCAAACUCUCCAACCAAUCCGGUUUUUCCUGGCAGCAUCAGGGCUAUACUUGAAGAUAGUGACAGACAGAGCUUUAGAAAUGUCACUGAUGCCAACAGUAUGUUACCGCCACAGAGUGGAGGAAGCUGCUGCUCGAUUUUAAAAUGCACUUUUGACCAUGCUGUGGUUCAAAUGCCGUAAGUGAAGCGUGGGAUUGUUCUUAGUCAUCGGGGUCAUGGGACGUCUAACUAUUGAAAUCAGGCAAUGGGGCCUUUAUUUAUUUAUCUCUUUUUGGGAAGACUUGUGUUUUUCCCCGGCGCCAACCAGACGUGCUGCACUUCACCUGUCGGAGCAGAAGCCUUUGAAACAACAACAACCAAGAGAGGGCUUCACUGCAGACAGUUAGGGAGUGAUCAGCCGUGUGAGCCUCCACUGAAGCUUUCACCGUCCCCAGCUGCUGGAAGGUUUAGACAACAUUCAUGUUUCAUUCUCAGUUCUGCUUUGAGUCUGUUUGUUAACACUAAGUCAAAUAUCCUCAUUUCACUUUGAGUGCUUGGUUAUUUUUGCAUAAAUGAAACUGGCAAAACAAUGUAAAUAUUGUAGAUAAGUUGGAUGUCUGUAUGGUGGACAGGUGGGAUGUACAUGGAGUUCACCGUUGCUUUGUGUUGUCUGUUGUUUCAUCUGGAAGUGUACCAGCCAGUUCUUAAUGAUUGAAUAUUAAACAGUACAACCACA